UCAUAUUUAAUUUUCUUUUAUUAGUUAUCUCUCUCUCUCUCUCUCUCCCUCCUUUUAUAAAUUUCUUUAGUUUCGUCCCAAAAUUUCACUGGAAAACCAUGGGGUAUUCUACUAGAAACCCUAAUCACCGCCCCCACAACAACCGACCAAAGCCCAAUCGCCGAAAACGAAGCCCUCCUCGUUCCGACCCCACCACCUCCCCGCCGGCCCCAAAGUAUACGGUCGAGAAGCCUGACGCCGGUACCCUCGUCAUGGGUCAUAUCAAGAUCCUGAAACGAGGCGAGGAACUCGAAGAAAAGACUACGACUACGACAUCAACGUCAUCCAUGGACACAAGUCCUCCUCGUAAGGAUCACUGCAGACUCACCAAUCCCGAGUCGGCGGGUUUGCUUGGUUCAGAACCUGAGUCGUUUCCCACUCGAAUCCGUUCCAAAGAGCCGACUCGAACUUCUUUGUUCUACGCAGGGUCGACGGUAUGCAUAGCCUCGCCGCCACCGAGUUCACUCCCUCUUCCGGUGUUCUCAAAGAAGGGCGUAGCAUCUCCAAUUAAUCUUGAAGCAACUAGUGUUUUGUUGAAGGUUUUACGUCUCGAUUUGGCGUGAAAUAGUUCAGAUCUUUAGUUUAAAGGCGUAGAUUUACUGUGAAUCGAUGCAGAUCUAGUCGUUUUGAUUAAGCCAUGGAUACCAACUUUAUAAGGGUUCUCUUCAUCUUUCCUUUUUCUUUUUUAAGUUUGAGUUUUCUGACUGCGUGAUCUUCCCUUAUUUUUUCAACGGGAGGUCGGUCAUAACUCUCAACCUUAGCUUUUUAAGACAUUAUCUAAGUUUGUAAAAGCUGGGUGGCGAAACCGUAUUCUACUUUUUUGUGUUUUAUUUCCUUUAGGCUUUUUUUUGUAAUUUUAUUUUGGGUUUUUAAUUUUAGUCUUUAAUAAUAUGCCUAAAACGAAAGGUAAGGGUUGGCUAACCCUAUAAGUACUUGUAAGCUUUUCCUUGUAUCCAGACUUUUCAGUCAUUAAUCUGAAUAAAUUUGUGUAUUUUGUUUUC